AUGGCAAGCGACGAAUCAUCAGGUGAUAAUUUCUCAUCUGGAGACGCUUUAAGCCACACCAGUGAAAAAAAAAAAAAUAAAAAAAAAAAUAAAAAAAAAAAAUAUGAUCAAUAUAAGAGGGACACGUCCUCUUUGUCUUCUUCACAUUCUUCUUAUAUAUCUAAUGCCUCAAGGGUUAGAGAUGAAAGAAGGAAAAAAAAAAAAUACAAAGAAAAGAAAAGAUCAUAUCAUAACAGAAAUAGGGAUGAUAAUUAUAUUCAUAGUGAUAAUGAUUAUGAUGAUGAUGAUAAUCAUUAUGUAAAAAAAAAGAAACAUAAAAAAGAUAAAUAUAAGAGUCCUAGUUGUUCAUAUAGUAGUGAUAAUUCCAGUGAAGGGGAGAAAAAAAAAAGGAAACAUAAAAAAGAAAAGAAAAGAAAAGAAAAAGAUAAUAAAAGAGAUACUAAAAUUUUUGAUGAUGAAAUUAAAAAUAAUAAAGAAAAUAAUUUGACCGUGAAAGAACUAAAAAAAGAAAGAGAAAAUUUAAUGAGACAACAUUUUAAUUAUACUGAUGAAUGUAACCCAUUUGGAGAUAAUACUUUAUCAACUCCAUUCGUUUGGAAAUUAAAAAAUAAAUAUGAAAAAAUAAAGAACCAAAAAAAAAUAAAAUUAACAACUAACAGCCUACUUGAAAAUUGUGUAUCUAAAAUUAAUGAGAUCGAACAAGUUAAAAAAAGAAGAGAAGAUAGAGAAAAAGAAAGACAGAUGAUAGAAGAUCAUCGUUUGCAAUUAGAGAAGCAAAAAAAUCAAAUAAAUAUAAAAGAAUAUAUGGAAAAAGAACAUCUCUUUUUUUUUAAUCAAGAAAUACAUUUCUCAAAUAAUAGGAUUAAACAUAAAGAUAUACAACCAAUAGAUAUUUUUAGGACAUCCAUACAAAUAUUGAAAGGAGAAGAGCAUAUACAAAAAAGUGUAGAUAUUAAUAAUUACACUAUGCCCUUUAACAAAAUAUUAGAAGGGCUAAGAGAAAAAGAAUUAAUAAACUGCGAACGACAAAUAAAAUUAUUUCAGAUGCAUGAUAAAAUGUUUGACGAAGAAAAGUAUGAAAAUUUUUGGAAUGCACUAUUAUUUUUUUGUAAAUAUUAUUUAGAUAAGAUCCAGUUAAAGGAAGAAGAAAACAAUAAUAUAGAUGACAAUACUGACAAUAAAAUCGAAUCCUUUUUUCUUAAUAAAACAUAUAAUGAAUUAAUAACAUAUGAAGAUAAAAUAAAAAAAAAAAUUCUUAUGGAAGAAUCAACAGAUAAAGAUAUGAAUUAUUGGAAUAGGAUAUUGUUUAAAAUACCAUAUUAUAAAUCUAAAUAUAUAUUGAAAUGUUUUCAAGAAAAAUUAAAAAAAAAAUUGAAUAAAAUUGAUAACACUAAUGAACACCAUGACAGGGGACAAAUAAAGACCUCAGAGAAAAAGAUUAGUGUGGUCGAAGAGAAACAAGAAAGCUUACCCUACAAAUGCGAGAGUCCAAUUUUAUAUGAUAUAAAAUAUUUUGAGAAAAAUAAAUAUGAGAUAGAAAAUGUAUAUAAUUCAGAAGAAGAAUUAAAAGAAAGGAAAAAAAUAUAUGAAAAUAUUUUGAUAAAAUUGAAAGGAAUGGAAGAAGAACAAGAAGAAGAACAAGAAGAAGAUUUAUCUAUUCUUAGUUUUAUUAAGGGAGAUAAUAAUAAGGAGAUGGAACGAAAUAAUAAAGUUGAUAUUAUGAAUGAUAAUGAUAGAUAUUCUCAUUUAGAAUGUGUUACAGAAGAUUUUAAAAAUAAAGAUAAUUUAAAUAAUUUGUUUAAGGAAGAUAAAAAAAUUUUUGAUAGUUUUGUUCAAAGAGAAAAAAAGAAAGGAAUAAAAGAUGAAAUAAUCAUGAAAGACAUACCUCAUCAUAUUAUAAAGACAGCAACAUUAUUAAAGGAUUCUUUAUUUGUAGCAAGAAAACCUUUAUAUUUUAAUAGAAUAAAAACAAGUUUUGAUUGGAAUAAAUAUAAUAAAACACAUUAUGAUUAUGAAAAUACACCUCCGAAAUAUAUUUGUGGUUAUAAAUUUAAUAUUUUCUAUACAAAUCUUAUAAAUAAAAAUCAUAAACCAACAUGGAAAUUGUAUCCAUCAAAUGAUGGUGAUGACACGAAAGUUAUUAUUAUAUUUCAUGGGGGCAUACCUUAUUUAGAUAUAGCUUUUAAAAUUAUAAAUGCAGAAUGGUCUCUAGAUAAAAAUAAAGGAUUCAGAAAUAUAUUUGAUCGUGGAAUCUUACAAUUAUAUUUUAAUUUUAAGAAAAAAAGAUACAGGAGAUAA